AUGAAGCUCCUGCCCGUUGCCCCUCUCCUCCUGCUUCUCCUGACAAUGCUGGAAGCCAGACCAAAACCUGCAGCCCUGAAGUGCAGGACGGGUCCCCUGGACAUCGUGUUUGUGAUUGACAGCUCCCGCAGCGUGCGCCCCUUCGAGUUCGAGACCAUGCGGCGUUUCAUGAUGGACAUCAUCGGCAGCCUGGACGUGGGCCCCAACGCCACGCGGGUCGGGGUGAUCCAGUACUCCAGCCAGGUGCAGAACAUCUUCUCCCUCAAGACCUUCUUCACACGGGCAGACAUGGAGAAGGCCAUCAACAACAUCGUGCCACUGGCCCAGGGCACCAUGACAGGGCUGGCCAUCCAGUAUGCCAUGAACGUGGCCUUCACCACGCAGGAGGGCGCGCGCCCUCCACACAAGAAGAUCCCCCGCAUUGCCAUCAUCGUGACGGACGGACGGCCCCAGGACCGUGUCACCGAGGUGGCCACCCAGGCCCGGAACGCUGGCAUCGAGAUCUACGCUGUGGGCAUCCAGCGGGCGGACAUGAACUCGCUGCGGGCCAUGGCCUCGCCGCCGCUGGAGGAGCACGUCUUCCUGGUGGAGUCCUUCGAGCUCAUCCAGCAGUUCGGGAAGCAGUUCCAGGACAAGCUCUGCGGGGUGGACAUGUGUGUGGAGCAGGAGCAUGGCUGCCAGCACAGCUGCGUCAGCACCCCCGGCUCCUUCUACUGCGAAUGCAACCUGGGCUACAGGCUCAACGUGGACGGAAAGACCUGUUCCCCCAUCGAUGCCUGUGCAGAGGGGAGUCACGGUUGUCAGCACCAGUGCGUCAGCGCUCGUGGGUCAUACUCGUGCCGCUGCCGUGCUGGUUACUCCCUCAACCAGGACAAGAGGACCUGCUCUAUGAUCGAUUACUGCAGCUUCGGAAACCACAGCUGCCAGCACGAGUGCGUGAGCAUCCCCAACGGGCACUACUGCCGCUGCCGCAGCGGGUUCACGCUGCAGCCCGACAGCAGGUCCUGCAGGGCCACCGACCUCUGCAACGGGGUGGAUCACGGCUGCGAGUUCAAGUGCGAGAGCACGGAGGGCUCCUACCGCUGCGUGUGCCCCGAGGGCCAGCAGCUCCAGGCUGAUGGCAAGGCGUGCAGCAAAUGCGGGGCUGGGCAUGUUGACCUGGUGAUGGUGAUCGAUGGCUCCAAGAGUGUCCGGCCUCAAAACUUCGAGCUGGUGAAGCAGUUUGUGAACCGCGUCGUGGACCUGCUGGAGGUGUCCCCCCACGGCACGCGGGUCGGGCUGGUGCAGUACUCCAGCCGCGUCCGCACCGAGUUCCCCCUCAACAAGUACCACAGCGCAGAUGAGAUCAAGAAGGCGGUGAUGGAGAUGGAGUACAUGGAGAAAGGCACCAUGACGGGCCUUGCCCUCAAGCACAUGGUGGAGCACAGCUUCUCCGAGCUGGAAGGUGCCAGACCUCUCUCCCACAACGUCCCCAGAAUUGGACUUGUCUUCACGGAUGGGCGGUCCCAGGACGACAUCUCCGAAUGGGCCAGGAGAGCAAAGGAUUCAGGGAUCGUCAUGUUUGCUGUGGGUGUUGGCAAGGCUGUGGAAGAGGAGCUGCGAGCGAUUGCCUCCGAGCCAGUGGAGCAGCACUUCUCCUACUCAGCUGACUUCACCACCAUGACCCACCUCGUGGAGAACUUCAAGCUGAACAUCUGCCCAGAGGAGAGCAAAGGGGAGACCGAGAUCCGCAGCCCGUGCGAGUGCGAGGCACUGGUGCAGUUCCAGACGAACACCGUGGCCAUCCUGCAGAGCCUGACCGAGAAAAUUGCUCAGAUGACAGCCAGACUCGAAGACUUGGAAAAGCAGAUUGCCAAGAAGAAGUGAUCCUUGCAGAGGGCUGCAGCGCUCAGACGGGGCCCGGGGUUGUACAGUAGCUACGUGGCAUUGUUAUUGCUAGGUUAUUGUAAAGCAUCAGUGUUUGUCCUUGUAUUGCAAAAUCCCAAGGGAGAUGCGGAGUGUAUUU